AUGACUCUGAUGGGACUUGUCUCUUCUGGCACCCGUAAACGGGCUUCACACACGUACCUACCUAGGUACCUACCUCCUAGGAAGCUGUCCGUAGCUUCGGCAGCGCCGCUUAGUACCCAGCUUCCCUCCCUCCCACCUUUGCCCUCCCGCCAAAACGAGCCCCUCCAUCAACCCCCAUCCUCAAGUCAUCUGCUCCCUCACUCUCUACGCCGAUUUGGCCCCUCUCCUUCUUCGUCCUACACCAUCAAGCUUAACAUACAUACCCGACAUUUUGAUACCCCGACGUCUUGUGGCGCUGCAUCCUCACAUCAUGCUAACAGCCGAGCUUCCGCAGACGACGGCAGCAGAUCCGACCCCGACGAUGACACUCAAAUCAUGGAGCCCGAUCAGGGAAAUGCUGCGCCCUGGGGCCGACUUGAGCCGCGUCGUCCUUCCUACCUUUAUCCUAGAGCCGCGCACUUCAUGUGUCACCCCGAGAUGCUCCUUCACAUCCCCACCAUAGACGAUGACGUCGAGCGCUUCGUUUCCGUCGUCAAGUUCUACCUCAGUGGCUGGCACAUCCGACCUCCAGGCGUCAAGAAGCCCCUCAACCCCAUCCUCGGCGAAAUCUUCUCCUGCUACUGGGACCUGCCCGACAAUAAGAAGGCAUACUACAUUUCUGAGCAGACCUCGCACCAUCCGCCAAAGUCAAGCUACUUCUACAUGGCGCCCGAACAUCACAUUCGCAUUGACGGCACACUCAGGCCGCGCAGCAAGUUUCUCGGCAACUCGGCCGCUAGCAUGAUGGAGGGAAUCGCAUUCUUGAGCCUGCUCAACAGAGGGAAGGACAGAACCAAGGGCGAGAGAUACAUCGUUACCCAGCCCAACAUGUAUGCCCGUGGCAUCCUCUUUGGCAAGAUGAAGUACGAACUCGGAGACCAUAGCUUCGUUCGGUGCCCCGAGCUCGACCUUACUGCUGAUCUCGACUUCAAGACCAAAGGUUGGGUCAGCGGCACCUACAACGCCGUCGGCGGUGUCAUCAAGCGCGAGAGCACAGGCGAGGUGCUUUACGAAAUUUCCGGCAUGUGGCACGAGGAAAUGUUCAUCAAGAAUGUUGCUACUGGCCAACGUGAAAUGUUCUUUGACGCUACACAUGCUAAACCUAGCAACCCCCAAGCCCGACCCAUCGCCGAGCAAGAAGAGCGCGAGUCACAAAGAUUAUGGGAGUUGACGGCCAAGGCUGUCAAGGAGCGCAACCACGAGGUGGCGACGGACGAAAAGACAAAGAUCGAAGACCGCCAGCGAGAGGAGGCUGCUGCUCGCGUCCAGGAAAACAAGGAAUGGCAACCUCGACUGUUCCGUGCUGUCAAGCCGUCUACCGAAGAGUCCGAGCAGGGCGAAGAGGGUCUCGAAUGGAUUAUCGAUGCCCACGUUGACGGCGCAGCCUCGCCAGAGGAACAAACGAAACAGGUUCUUUCCAUAUUCCCGAUUUUGCCUGAAAAAACAGCUGGCCAAGCACCAUACACCAACAAUGCAGCGCCCCCUCCAAGCGCCGCCCAACCCGCUGCCUCUGGAGACGAUCUGAUCGAUAUCGGCAGCAACGAUGUGCCAGCUCCGCCACCAGUCAAGCCAGCUGACGACGUAGAGGCCAUGCUCAAGGAGACGGGAAAGCCCGCUGAAGGAUCACUCAUUGAUCUGUAA